AUGGAGAAGCUAAAUCGUGGCGUCGGUGACGGUAAAAAAAAAGACCCGAAUAAAAAAUGGGAGGCAAUUAAAGAAUUCUUUGAGAAAAACAAGCGUUUCCCCGGAAGGGAUGAGAGCGGGAAAACGGUGAAGAAGAGCGGCAAAACGAUGGAGAACUUGCCUCGACAUGAUGAAAAGGAGCUGGCGGCGUACCUUACAAAAGCGCUAGUCAGAGCAGACGAAGACGCUCGGAAGACACGCCCAGACUCGUACGCGCUUCGCCUAAAGGAUCGACUCAAGGAGUUCUGCGAAACAGAAGGCACCGACUUCAACUCGCUAAUUGCUAAAAAAUGCAGGGACACGGAUAAAAGGUGGAAAGAGAUUGAGACCUUCGCUGAGGACAACAGACGACUGCCUGGAAGAAAUUACGGAGACAACACAUCAAAGACAAAGAGGGAAAGAAUGGACUUGCAAGAGCAUGAAGCGACUUUGGCGAGGUACAUCGAUAAGGUGCCGGGGCACGUGAGCGAGGGGAAGGCCUAUGCGUUCAUCGUAAAAGACCGACUCAAGAAGCUAUGCGAGCGCGAGCGCAUUCCUUUUGCGCCGCUAGGUUUUGACCAGUCUGAGACCCAGUAGAAGCGCUGCAGGAUAUGCGUUGACAUUUCAGACGGAUACUAUUCAACUACAAGACCCAAACGCUUAGAGUUGUGCUGCUCUCACUCUAUUUCUUCUAUAUCGCUGUAUGUGCAAAAAAAUCGUGAAUGUCUUAUUCCAAUCUUCUCCAAUCUCCACUUCCAUUAUUCCACUGAUUCCGGGACAUCGAUGCGUUAGCAGUUAAUGUCACUCGUUUUGUCUGACUUGGUCUUUCUGUAGGUCUAAUAUCGAGCUUGUGCCUUCGUCCUUAUUAUCAUCGCGAACAAAAAUAGUAGUAGUACUCACUCUCCUUGUGGGCGUGCUAUCAUGGGAGUAGAGAAGCCUUAUAAAAAUGUCGAGACCAACAUGAGUAGUCAUAGGAGAUGAAAGUAGCCGGAUACACAUAGUCGUAAUGUCAAAUCGAGGAACUGGAUAUCAUUACUCCGCUUUGCUUUCCCUUAUGGAGUUUUUCUCUUCACCCAAAUAUACCCACACAGCUAUGUAUCUACUUUUUCCUCUAGGUUUAAUUCAGUUGUUUUUUCCUUUCCACCCACACAAGUCAACCGAAGGACAACGAUCGUGAAAGCAAAGAGCGCGCUCACAAACGUUAACUUUGUCUUCUGGAUCUAGAUGUAGCACGAGACAAGUACUCCCAUUUUCUUGGCAGUAUUCGCCUUCCCCCUAUGUCAGAACAAUAUCCUUCUACGCGUGUCAGCUCGAACGCAGUCAGAUCGACAAGAGUAAGAAAAGCAGC